CAGAACCAUGCCUCGGACAGGGGACUCCAUGCGUGGUUUGGCUGUCUUUAUUGCAGAUAUAAGAAACUGCAAAUCUAGGGAGCAAGAGAAAAAGAGAAUUAAUAAAGAAUUGGCUAAUAUACGCUCUAAAUUUAAAGGGGAUAAACAAUUAGAUGGGUAUCAGAAAAAGAAAUACGUUUGUAAACUGUUAUUUAUAUUUUUAUUGGGGAAUGAUGUGGAUUUUGGACACAUGGAAGCAGUAGAUCUGUUAGCCUCCAACAAGUACACCGAGAAGCAGAUAGGCUAUUUAUUCAUAUCAGUCAUGAUGCAUCAUUCAAACGAUCUCUACAAACUUGUAAUCCAAGCAAUUAAGAAUGAUCUGUCAAGCAAGGACCCAGUUCACAUUUGCCUUGCUCUCACUUGCAUCGCUAACAUUGGAACACCCGAAAUGGCAGAGGAAAUCGGAGAUGAAGUCCCCAAAAUCUUAACGUCCCCGAUCCCCGAACUUUAUCCACCUCCUGCCAGUGACACGUUACACGGGGUGAAGAAGUGCGCCGCGCUGUGCCUGCUGCGCCUCUUUGAACUAAAGAGUGACAAGUUUACCCACACAGAGCUGAGUAGCAGACUUAUUGCCCUGCUUUCUGAUCAACAUUUGGGCGUAGUGACGUCAGCCUGCAGUCUAAUACAAGCCCUAGUGACAUUUACUCCUGGGGAUUACAAGGGAUGCGUUUCUCUGGCAGUUUCACGGCUUUCCAGGAUAGUAUCCAGUACGGAUCUGAAAGAUUACAUGUAUUAUUUCAUUGCAGCCCCGUGGCUCAGUGUAAAAUUACUCCGACUACUACAAUCUUACAGCCAGCCUGAGGAUGGUGCCGUUUACGAGCGAUUAAAGGAGUCACUAGAAACGAUUCUCAACCGUGCAACUGAUCCCCCGAAAAGCAAGAAAAUCCAGCACACUAACGCGAAAAACGCUGUUUUAUUCGAGGCUAUCAGCCUUAUAAUUCAUUACGACAGCGAUGCAGCGCUCAUGGUCAGAUCUUGUAAUCUAUUAGGAGGCUUCCUCAACUCUAAAGAAACCAAUCUCAGAUAUCUGGCGCUGGAAAGUUUAACUAAGUUGGCUGUGUCUGAUUUUAGUAGGAAAGCUGUUAUGAAACAUCAGGAGACCGUUGUGCAAGCUUUGAAGAAUGAGAGGGACCUGUCGGUGCGGCAGCGCGCGGUAGACCUGCUUUACGCAAUGUGUGACAGGGAACAAGCAGAGGAGAUUGUUGGAGAGCUGCUGGCUUAUCUGGAGAAAGCAGAUUAUUCCAUCAGAGAGGAACUGGUUUUAAAGAUAGCGAUUUUGGCGGAAAAGUUCGCCCAGGACUACAAGUGGUACGUUGACGUUGUCUUAAACUUGAUAAGGAUAGCGGGAGAUUACAUUGCUGACGAGGUGUGGUACCGUGUGACGCAGAUUGUGAUCAACAGAGACGAUAUUCAAGCCUACGCUGCUAAGACGGUAUUCGAGGCACUGCAAGCACCAACGUGUCAUGAAAACAUGGUCAAAGUUGGGGCGUACAUUUUGGGAGAAUUUGGAAAUCUGAUAGCUGGAGAUGAGAGAUCAGGGCCGAUAGUACAGUUCAAGCUUCUACACUCGAUGUUCCAUCUUUGCAGUAAUCAGACAAAGUAUAUCCUUCUCUCAACUUACAUCAAACUCAUUAACCUGUUCCCCGAAAUUAAGGGAGAUAUCGAAGAGGUUCUUGGCAACGAUAAUCAGCUGAGGAACUCGGAUGCCGAGAUCCAACAAAGGGCAAUGGAGUACACGAAACUGAGUCAGAUUGCCUCUUCUGAUCUCCUGGCGACUGUCCUAGAAGAAAUGCCUCAGUUCACAGAACGGGAGAGUAGCCUCCUCGCUAAACUCAAGAGGAAGAGCAACACCAUGGUAAAAGAGCGGGAAGUCCCGGAAGGAGACAACACUUCUACUCAGAACGGGAUAACCCUGUCUGCUGUGGAGGAGCCCUGUACAAUACCCACUCCGGACGUUAACCUUGUUGAACUGAGCGUUGAAUUGUCGUCGGGCGCAGCUGAUAACGGAGGCGCUAGUCUCCUCGAUCUAGAUUCACCCGGGCCCAACGUUGUGGAACCUUCUCUGGAAAGUGGAACCCCUGAAGACAGCCCUGUGCUCAACAACCACACGACACUCCCUCUAGCUCAACCAGCACCGGUCACUGCCCCUGCUGCUGAGCCAUCACUGCUGGACAUGUUCGGUGGGGCACCACCCGCUCAGGAUCCCACUAAAGUUCAGGUGGUAACUGGGUUGAUAGAAUGUAACGAAGCAUCUCAACCGAACUUCAACGCGUUCAUCUGCUCUCGGAACAACGGGAUUCUUUUUGAGAACGAUAUAAUUCAGAUCGGAGUAAAAUCAGAGUUCACUGGAGUCCUGGGUAAGCUGCAGGUGUUCUACGGUAACAAGUCUCCCCUUCCUCUACAAGGGUUUACUACUACUCUUUACAUCUCUGCGGCGGAUGAACCCUGCCUGCGACUUGAAGGACAAAGAGUAGCACAACUCAUUGCUGCAGGAGCUCAGAUCCCACAAACUAUAAAAGCUACUGCUGUGUCAGCCUUCGCUGAGUGUCCUCUCAUUCAGAUAUCAUUCUCGGCUGCGGGAAGUGCACAAAACAUGGUUCUAAGAUUACCCCUCCUCGUUAACAAAUUCUUCCGGGGAACCAGCAUGGCAGCUGCUGACUUCUUCGUACGCUGGAAAAACCUCAGCUUACCCGCUCAAGAAUGCCAAAAAGUGUUCAAAGCAAGUAAACCCAUGGAUAACGACCUGGUCAAAGGCAAGGUAAACGGGUUUGGUUUCCAAGUGCUGGACGGUGUUGAUCCCAAACCUGAUAAUCUAGUGGGAGCAGGAAUAGUUAUGUGCGAAGGAUCGCAGAUCGGGUGUCUACUCCGACUGGAGCCCAGUAAAGCUGCUCUGAUGUAUAGAAUGACAGUUCGGUCGUCAAGGGAAGGAGUACCAGAACUUCUUGUUAAUCUCCUAGCUCAAGACUUAUGAGAGUGUCACGUGCUUAGAAAUGAAAUGAUGUCAUAGCAUGACGUCAUAGCAACCUAGUGACGUCAUAGCAGCCUAGUGACGUCAUCAGAUCAGGAUAGAAAUGCCCUUUUGUAGAUGGGACACUCUUCAUUGUCGAUCCCAUUGAUUCUGUGCGUCGUUUGAAUAAGUAAAAUCGACGUGUUCGUUAAUUCGUGAUUCUAUAAUGAUUAUGUUACGAGAAAAAAUGAUUGUGUUGUAUAUUUUAGGGCAUGAACACUCCUUGCUAUAUCGACUUGUUCUUCAGAAUACACAUUUUGAUGUUCUUGAAAAAUUGAUAUUUUUUUCCGAAUGAGAGCGCUUAAUUUUAGAGCUUUUAAUCGAAAAUAAGUUUUAGCUUCGUGAUAGCCUGAGAAGUAUAAUAAUAAUGUUUUAGUAAAGUUAACAGGUUUAAUUUUACCUAAUUCUUUAAUGUUUUGUUUAGUUUGUUGCGCGUGGUUUUGUAUUGAUUUUUUUAUUUCUCACGCAUGACUCCUGCGGAGGUCACACGGCAAUUUGUUCAUAGUCAAACUAUUGGUAACCACUUUGUAACCACUUAGUAACCAUUUAGUAACCAUUUAGUAACCAUUUGGUUGCUACUUUGUUACCCAAACUGUGCCAUUUUACUAUUGAGUUUACCUAGUAUUAGAAACUUUUCUGUGGUAUGUCAAAUUCUAAUUUUAUUAGCCAACCAUUCACACGGCUUCUUGACUGAAACCUGGCAUUAUAAUUAAGCCAAUCAGGUGCUUCCAAACUGUCAUCUUAUUACUUAAUAAGCCAAUCAGAAGUUUUUUAUCAAUCAUGUGAUUAGAGGUAUGUCACUAAUAAGCUGUUGAUGUUAUUGAGACUAAGAGAAAAAAUUCUUUUCAGCCUGCAUGAAGUUGUCCAUUUAUCUACUCCUAAAAAUUUCCGAAUGUUUAAUUUUAACUUAAAGCUGAUUAUCCGCAGAAAAAGUACCUAGGUUGUAUCAUUACUAAUUGUAUAAUAGCGGGACAACGUAGAACGGUAGAUGUUGUUAAUGAAGGAGAUGCCUACUUGUUUUUUUAACAGUAAUUACAUCUAGUUAGUUACUUCUAAAAACUUAUAUUUAUGGAUAAAGCCCUCAUGAAAAUAUUUCCUUGUGUUUGAAUCAUGAUAAGUAUCUGAUACAUAAAGUUGAGUGGCUUGUUAUCAUUAACGACACCUAUCGUGUGUAGGGCAGAUUGGUUAACGUUAUGUUUAGUUAGAUCAAUUGUCUUCUGUUACAUGGCCUGGUGCAUUUAUUAAAUGUGUUAAAUAUGACCGAACAUAGCUGUAGAAUGUAGAUACUGUAAUCUACGUAGAUGCGAAUAUUUUCUUUUUUUCAAAUAUAUAUGGGACAUUCCUGGGAAUGGCCUGAUUAUGUGAAGCUGGUUGGGCAGCUAAUGGCUGUUCAAAACAUUGUUAAUAAUGCUAGUAGCAAGCAUCGUUCAUUUCACGUGAUUUUAGAUUUACCGAUUGAAAUUUAAGAAAUUUCUUAAACUCUGAUUGUUUCUCAAACUGAAGAUGGUCUAUUUACUAAUUUCGUCUCUAAGGCUAAUUUUUUGUUUUUAAGUGAAUUCUAGAAUUGAGAUGUUCUACAUUGUUCUGGAGUAUUCUGGAAUAUUUAUGUAGUUAUGUUUUGACUGGGUAUAAUUGGUCACUUCUUGAGUCAGAGUUAUUACUAUAUAGAUAAUUAUAUUCUUUCACUUACAAUA